AUGCAUGCAAGAUCCUGUCACCAACGAGAACCGAAAAAAAGUCUUCUGAUAGAAAGAACCAAGUCUACCCACCAGGAUUUCUGGCGGCUAAUCAGUUUGGUGGUCCCGUCAACACUGUCCGGUCAUAUUCUUCCUUUUCUUCUCCUCCCAAUCGCUAUUCCACACAGUCGCAGAGCUCGUUACUCGUUUAGGAUGCGGCUAUUCUUCUUCAUCCACUUUCGCUCAGUCGUCGCAUAUUCAUAUCCUUCGCUGGCCACAGGAGAACCGAAUAUUCCUUCUUGCCAUUCAUGGCCCGACUGCACUAAGUUGAGAUGGCAAACACUUCUCUCGAUUCUCGAAGUUGAGAUGGCAAACACUUCUCGAUGUCAGAACGAUCCCAGCUCCGUCCUCUGAUCCCCGAUUGGAUCGUGGUGCAGUAGAAGCCAAAAAGAUCGGGUGGAGUGGUCGAGCCAUUUAUGUAGAGAGAAAAUGGGUCGGUCCAGGUGGAGACGGUGUCAACUUCUGAUCCCUGUUUGGAUCGCCUCACGACUGAGGUGUCGAAGGAGUCAACUUUUGAUCCCCGUUCGGACCGCGUCACGACAGAUACGUCGAAAAAAGUAGACCCGUCUCCAUUGUACACUCGUGUUUUUUGGCACCGAUUACAGUGCCACCGAGGUUUCCGAUCCUGUUUUCCUUGGUCGUCGAUCCUGCGCCUUCACCUUGCCCAUCAAUUGUACCCCGAUGGCCUCAGUCAAAUAUUGCAGUCAACUCUGUAAGAUUAAGGGGAAAGCCCAAGAAUCUGAGCCGAGAACACUACAAACAGAUGGCCAAAACUAG